AUGGACGUGCCGGUUGCGGCAGUGUUUGAGAACACUGCCGCGGCCGUGGCCUGUGUGGCCUGGGUGACCCUGCUCGUGGUGCAUUGGCGUACGACGAAGGGGGAUGUGAAGUCCGGGCUGUGGCAGUUCCUCCACUUCGCGGAAGACUGGGCGCAUGGGAAGGGCUCGGGUCUGAGCCCCAUGGCGGCCCGCGUCGAGAAGGAGCUGAUAGAGGUGCGAGUGAAGAUCUUGAUGUUCUUCAACCGGCUAUGCGUUCACGUGGUUUUUCUUAUGAUCUCUCUCCAGCUUCUGCAGUUCCUGUGGGAACCCAGCCUGCAUGCGGCGACUUGGUUGCUGCAAUCUGUGGCUGCAUACGUGCCUCACGUCCUGAUCAUCGCAGCCCCCUGGCUGUUCUCAUCUUCUCUUCUGCGCCCAUUGCAGCUGUUCUUCUUUGUGUUGGUCUUAACCACCAUCCUCGUGAGCGGCUCCAACAGCAAGGACGAGAUGAUGGGGCGGCUCGGCUUUUGCCUUUCAGCGCAAGUUGUUCAGGCAUUCAUUUUCCCUGUCGGUGCCGUGACGGUGGUGCAGUCCAUCUCUUAUGCUGCUGCCAACACAUGGGUCAUGGGGCAGGCGUUCGGAGCUGUGACCCUGUGGCUGGUCUUAUUCCAUGUGUGCUUAAACGUUUUGGUUUCUAUCGCCCUCCCGGUAAUUUUCGAGUUCGCCGUUCGGGAGUGGAUUGUGGCAUCGUUUCAGUCGCAAGACUCGGACUUCUUGAUUGAGGGCUUUCGACAGAUGCUGAAGGGGAUCUGUGACGGGGAGCUGCUACUGGACAGCAACUUCCAGAUCAGCGGCAAAGCGCCGUGCCUGCAACGGCUCCUGUCAAGCAGCGAGGACUUUGCCGGGCGCAGCUUUCGGGACCUUUUGGUCGAUGACAAGGCGAGGAAGGUGUUCGAUGACUUCCUCAAAGCUGCGGCAGUGGAAGGUGUACGUGAACACCUGCAAUCCAGCGCGGCCCCGCGCUGUCUGCGCGUGCCUCUCCGGGCCCCUUCGGGCCAGACGAUUUCGGUGGACGUCUUCCACGUCCCGCUGCCUCCCAGUCUCUAUGGCGAGAGCACCGCCUACCACCUGCUUGCCCUGAAGGAGGAUGUGCAGUCCAUGCCGCCUCCAGAUGCGGACCCGACGCAGAAUGUGCUUCCCAGCAGUCUGCUGGCUUCUAGGAGUGCCCCGACGGCGCGCUCCGCUGCCAGCAACGAGUCUUACGAAGAGUGCUACGACGAGCUGGCGGAGAUGACGUUGCUGGUGAACGCGAGCACUGCAUUGAUGGACAUCGAGGAGGCCCACCUGCGAUUCGUGCGGAAGACCGACGAGCCCAAGGUGCGGAUGGGCAUGCCCACGCUAAAGCGCUUCGCUCGGCCGCUGGACUGGGUCGGAAUCGACGCCGCCCUGCGCGGUUACGCGCGAACGGUGCAGGAGGGUCCAUGUGGCCAGCAGGUGCCGGAGGAGAAGCAGGCGUUGCCAUCGAUGACCAUGCGCGUGCCCGGGGAAUCAAGGCGGCACCUCCGGGCAAGGCAUGUGUCCGUCAGCUCCCCUUUCCCGCGGCAUCACGCCGCUGACGAUGUCUUCCUCUUCUUGCAUCUGGUUGGCUUCGAGGGACCUCCACCGCCGCCGACGUCUCGCCUGGGGGAGCUCGACGAGGACCAGUGCCCGCCAUCGCCUCCUUUGACGGGCCAGGAGGCGCGAGUGGACCUGGAGCCCACAAGACAGGAGCCGGGACCGGGUUCGGGCCGACGCCCGAGGCGCCGCCGGAGGCGUUCUGUACCUGCCGAAGAUGUGACGCGAGCGACGUAG